AUGGACCAAGCGCUUCUGCAACUGCGUUCCACCCUGCAGCCUGUGCUGCAACCUGUGACGAGAAGCCUGCCGCCUCCAGUACGAGACUUUGGCAUCUCCCUCCUUGGUCAUAGAUGCUACCAGCAUCUGGUUGUUGAUGUCGACGUCACCGACACUAAGUGCCUCCAGCUUGCCAUUUCAAAGGCCCUUGGUAUCGGCAUCGUAGCAGCGAGCUCCAUUGUCAAGGUCCCGCAGAUCAUCAACCUCGUCAACUCCAAGUCCGCCGCGGGUAUCAGCUUCUUAUCCUACCUGCUCGAGACGUCUAGCUAUCUGAUCAGCCUCGCGUACAAUGUCCGAAAUGGAUUCCCCUUCAGCACAUAUGGCGAGACCGCGCUCAUUCUCGGCCAAAAUGUCAUCAUUACGGUACUGGUUCUGAGAUACAGCGGCAAGACGAGCAUGGCGGCACUGUUUGUUGCGGCUCUGGCUGCCAGCGUUGCCACGCUCUUCACCGAGACUGUCGUGGACAUGGGAACAUUGGGUUAUCUUCAAGCCGGAGCUGGUACGCUCGGCGUUGCUAGCAAGCUCCCCCAGAUCAUUGCCAUCUGGCAGGAGGGAAGCACCGGACAGCUCAGCGCAUUCGCUGUUUUCAACUACCUUAUCGGUUCACUCGUCCGCAUCUUCACUACAUUCCAAGAGGUGGAUGACAAGUUGAUCCUGUACAGCUUUAUUGCCGGUUUCGCACUGAACCUGGUACUUGCUGCUCAGAUGGUAUACUACUGGAACACGCCAUCAAAGAAGGCGUUGGGCAAGCAGAAGGAGAAGGCCUCCAUUGAGGCGGCUCCUUCGGCGUCGACCACCGCGACGACGCCGAAGAGCAAGACACCAACCACGCGUCGCCGAGGUUGA